AUGGGCGCCCUGCUCGCCAAGCUCAAGAUGACGUCCCGCCCGAAGCUCCGAAUCCUCUGCUUCGGCGACUCGCUCACGGCGGGCUACUCGGCCUGGGGCGCGAUCCACCACCCGUACAAUGAGAUGCUGGAGCACAUGGUGUCCAUGGCGUACCCCGACCUCAAGGUCGUCACGGCCGAGGAUGGGUUGUCCGGGGCAACGGUCAAGUCCGCCUUCCAGACGCGGAUGAAUGCGCAAUUCGCCCCGCCGAAGAAGAGGAAAGAUGAUGAGGAGGGUGAUGGGAAACCAUACGACUGGGCUAUCGUGCUGGGGGGGACAAAUGACAUUGGCAUGGGCUUUCCCCCGGAGGAAAUCUUCGAGUCCCUAAAAGAAGUCUGGGAGGUCCCACUGUCACACAAGUGCAAAGUCCUCGCCCUUACCGUCCCCGAGGCGGGUAUCACGUCACCAAAGGCAAGGCAACGGAUCGACGCCCAGCGCAACACGCUGAAUGACCUUAUCAAGGGUUACAAGCGGGAGGGCUUCCACGUCUACGACCUCCACGCAACGGUGCCCUACUAUGCUAUGUCCGAGUCCGACCGCAAGAAGUACUGGGACGAUCAUCUCCACUUCACCCCCGACGGCUACGACAUGAUCGGCAACAAGGUCGGCAUCGCCCUCGUCAGCCUCCUGGCGAAGGAGAAGGUGAACAGCCCGCAACGGCCGCAAAAGCGAAGACGUCUCUUUAAAGGCGACGACAAGAAGUUCGAGGAGGAGGUCGGCGAUCCCUCGGCUCUCAACCAAGGGUAUGUGGUGGUGCGCCGGGUCGAUCUAGAUUAG